AAACAGCCGCUAACAGAAAUCCGUUUUCCGCCGUUGAAUUCCGGCACAGUAGUACAAAUUGAUUACGUGUGUAUAACACUAAGACUAGAUUCCCCGUUCAGAUAUUGUUGAGCGCAUUUGUGCGCUCGUUUUUGGGGGAUUUCGACAGAUGAUUUCAUAGAGAAGCUGUGGAAUUAAUUCGAUCUCUUAGGAAAGUGUGCUAAUUCUACAGAAUGCGUCCGGAUUUUUCGCUUCUGUUUCUUUUGGUUCUACAACUUACUUUCCAUAUAUCCACCCAAGCCAAUUCAUGUCCGGAGCGACAACCGCAAACUGGACGGGAGUGUCAGAAGGCGUGUCAUCCUAAUGACAACCCCUGUAAGAGUCCCAGAAAAUCGUGCGAGUGUGAUGGGCAGUGUGGGUACAGCUGUAUCAACCAAAAUCACAGAUGUGAACAAUUGGAAAAGACGAUACUUAAUGGCCGUGUUGUCAUCAAACCGCAGAACAUGUUUGGGGGGAUCGCGACAUAUGAGUGUGACUGGGGCUACGAAAUUCGGGGUCAGAAGGUCAGAGUGUGUCAGGGCGACGGUUUUUGGGGCGGGGAGACUCCUGAAUGUGUUCUGUCAAAGGGAAGCGAUAAGGAGGGUUGCGGUUCCCCGCCAGAAAUAGAUUUUGCUACACAUAACGGUAGACAACUGGGUCCGGGCGAAAGGUACCCCUCAGGGACGAUGCUGCAGUACACUUGCAUCAAGGACUACAUGAAAAAUCCUGACAACGUGGAGAGGGCGUGGUGUAUCGUGGGUGGCGAAUGGGUGGGGCCAAAAAUGACCUGUCAAGCUGCUGGUUGUCCCAAGCCCCCAAAGCCGUUAAACGGUGGUGUGGUUGUUCCCGCCUCUACAGGCGUCAAUUCAGUGGUUCAGUACUACUGUGAUCAGGGUUUUCAUCUCACUGGAAGGUCAGAGCGCACAUGUCGAUCAGACAGCACAUGGGACGGGGACGAGCCUCGAUGUGAAAAAGGUGGGAGUGCCACAUGCGGACCCCCACCCUAUGUUGACCGGGCUUUCCACGACUCUAAUGACGUAGAAAGGUUUUCUGUUGGAACUCAGAUCCAGUAUCGAUGUCAGGAUGGGUUCAUGUUGGCAGAUCGCUAUGCCAACACCCGAGCAGAGUGUAUGCGAGACGAGAGGUGGGAGGGGCCCAGAAUGUCCUGCACACCGGUUAAUUGCGGGUUUCCAUACACGGUAGAGAAUGGGCGUAUCGAAGGGAUUGAUUUUACCUUUCCUCACUCCGUCAAGUUUGUCUGCAACGAGGGUUAUAAACUGAUGGGGAACGAGACCACCACAUGCCAAGCCAAUGGACAGUGGUCAUCAGAGUCACCAAGCUGCGCGGCAAUUGACUGUCCUACCCUAAAGUCGCCUGCGGGUGGGAGGAUUCGGGGAUCAGGGAACGCCUUUGGUACCGUCCUCCGGUUUGAGUGUGACUCUGGCUUACAACUCGAGGGCUCCAUUGAAAGACGUUGUAUGGAAAACGGUGAAUGGAGUGGGACAGAGGUUGAAUGCACAGAAAUCGACUGUGGUUGGCCGAAGAACUUUUGGAAUGGUUACGUUCUCGGAGAAAAAACCACCCUGGGAUCCACGCUGUUCUUCAGUUGUAUCGUGCGAACAACAUUUGAUGGUCCAUACUUUGAGACAAAAUGUUUGAGCAAUGGACGUUGGUCAAAUCCGCCGCCCACGUGUUGGGGUCAAUGCACCAUUCCAAACAUUGAUAACGCGGAAGUUGUGGGAUACCCAGUGGGAACCUGGGUAAACCAUGGAAAGACUUUUGAGUACGACUGUAAAAAUGGACUGGUCCCCAUCAGAUCACGCAUGGUGACGUGUUAUAAUGGGACCUUUAACCCCAGCACUCCGAAAUGUGUCCCAGCACCUUGCCCUUCUCCACCGCCUCUUGUCGAGAAUGGAAUACGGCUUUUCAUUGGCCAGGAGCACGGACGCAGGGCACGUUACAUUUGCGCCAACGGUUUUAGAUUGAUGGGAAUGGGACAAAACAUGCCUUAUCUCAUUUGUGACAAAGGAAAGUGGAUCGGCGGAAAUCCAGUCUGUGAAGAACAUUUUUGUCAAAAUCCCGGGGCCAUAUCAAAUGGUAAAAUAUUUAAAAAGGAGCCAAACAAUCUCAGGUUUAACUUUCCGCAAUAUAUUACUACAAUAAAGCACGGCCAGAGACUGGAAUUCAAAUGUGACCCAGGUUAUGAGAUUUCAGGGGCCAGUGGAGCCACUUGUAUCAACGGCCAAUGGAUUCCCCCUCUAGGUGGCGCUGACUCUCAUUGCAAACCGCAACAGUACCUCAAGUUACCUAUUCUGUGGAAACCUCUACCCAACAGAAAUUUUCACGAGACCUGAGGUCCAUUUCCCUCAUCAGUGGAAUCCCUGCCCUCAUAGGUGUCUUCUGUGAAACCUGAAAUCCAUGGAUCUUUUUACUAAGGCGGUAUCUUGAGCAUCAGAUAGAAAUUGUGUCAACCGCAUAUUACUGGUAGAUAUAUUUACGUUGACUCAGUGCCUUCCUUACAGUGUCUUCAUUUCAUACAAUACUAUCCUAUCCUUAUUGACUUCUUUCAUAAUUCUACAUACAUACAAAAAAUUAUUUAAAAUACAAAAAUCCAUAGAUAUAUAUAUAUAUAUAUAUAUAUAUAUAUAUAUAUAUAUAUAUAUAUAUUCAACAACUUUGCAUCAUUCAUAUUUAAAUGUAUGUGUUCAUGAAGCAUUGUGCGAUGGGUUCUCUUCAUGGUAUAAAAACAUAAAGUUUGGGCAGACAAAUAAAGCGAUGUAUAGUUCAAACUUUUUAUUACCUAUUUAUUAUUGUAUAUCUCAAUAAAUUUCUUUGAAAGCA